AUGCAGUCCGUCCUGCUCCUUUUGGCGGUAGCUGGCAGCGCACAAGCUUUCGGCCUGAGACACAGAGCUGAUGGUGGCGCUAUCAGCGCCUCCCAAGCGGAGGCAUCAUCAACAGGCGUGGGUGCUAGACUGCUAGGCCUUGGACUCGGUGCUUCCACAAGCCACGCCUCGGCAGAAUCCGUUGGAGUGGGCCGAAGCAGCGAUGGCAUCAGUAGCUCCAAAGCACGAUCAUCAUCUGUAGGAGUCGGUGCUGGUCUCCUGGGUCUCAAUAUUGGUGGUUCUCUGAGCCAUUCCUCGUCUAAAGCCACUGGAAUGGGGAGAAGUGACAGUGGUCUCAGUGCAUCCAAAUCAGGAGCAUCAUCCGUAGGACUGAACGUUGGUAUAGGCGGCAUAGGAGUGAAACUCAAUAUUGGUACAACCAGAGGAAAGUCAUCAGCUGGUGCAGUUGGUGUGGGAAGGAGUGAGGGUGGAUUAAGCGCCUCUGAAUCUAAGGCAUCAUCAGUACGUGUGGGAGCUGGACUGCUCGGUCUUGGCAUCGGUGGGUCUCUAAGCCACACAUCAUCUAAGGCUGUUGGAGUUGGUAGGAGUGACACAGGCUUCAGUGGCUCAAGUGCAGAGGCAUCGUUUACAGGAUUUGGCGCUGGUCUCCUUGGAGGUGGACUGGCUGGUUCCCAGAGUCAAGCUUCAGCAGGAUCUGUUGGUGUAGGCCGCGGUGAUGGUGGGUUUAGUGCUUCUAAUGCAGAGUCUUCAUCAGUAGGACUGGGAGCAGGACUUCUGGGCUUAGGGGUUGGUGGUUCCACGAGCCACUCCUCAUCACAAGCUCUCGGAGUGGGUAGAGGUGACGGCACCUUCAGUGGCUCAAGUGCAGAGGCAUCAUCUACAGGAUUUGGCCCUGAUCUCCUUGGAGGUGGACUGGCUGGUUCCCAGAGUCAAGCUUCAGCAGGAUCUGUUGGUGUAGGCCGCGGUGAUGGUGGGUUUAGCGCUUCUAAUGCAGAGUCUUCAUCAGUAGGACUGGGAGCAGGACUUCUGGGCUUAGGUGUUGGUGGUUCCACAAGCCACUCCUCAUCACAAGCUCUCGGAGUGGGUAGAGGUGACGACAGCUUCAGUGGCUCAAGUGCAGAGGCAUCAUCUACAGGAUUUGGCGCUGGUCUCCUUGGAGGUGGACUGGCUGGUUCCCAGAGUCAAGCUUCAGCAGGAUCUGUUGGUGUAGGCCGCGGUGAUUGUGGGUUUAGCGCUUCUAAUGCAGAGUCUUCAUCAGUAGGACUGGGAGCAGGACUUCUGGGCUUAAGCGUUGGUGGUUCCACAAGCCACUCCUCAUCACAAGCUCUCGGAGUGGGUAGAGGUGACGGCAGCUUCAGUGGCUCAAGUGCAGAGGCAUCAUCUACAGGAUUUGGCGCUGGUCUCCUUGGAGGUGGACUGGCUGGUUCCCAGAGUCAAGCUUCAGCAGGAUCUGUUGGUGUAGGCCACGGUGAUGGUGGGUUUAGUGCUUCUAAUGCAGAGUCUUCAUCAGUAGGACUGGGAGCAGGACUUCUGGGCUUAGGGGCUGGUGGUUCCACGAGCCACUCCUCAUCACAAGCUCUCGGAGUGGGUAGAGGUGACGGCAGCUUCAGUGGCUCAAGUGCAGAGGCAUCAUCUACAGGAUUUGGCGCUGGUCUCCUUGGAGGUGGACUGGCUGGUUCCCAGAGUCAAGCUUCAGAGGAUCUGUUGGUGUAG